UCGGAGGGGCCUCUCGGGUCCAUGUUGAAUCCAGGAGACUCGACCCGCCCGGGGCGGUUCAUGGGGUGAGAAGGCGUUCGCGCUGUCGAGAAGCGGGAAAGGCACCGCCAAACUUGGACCGAGGCUGCCGCUGGGGAUUUUUCAUCAGAAGACAUGGAGCUUUCGACUAGUGAACUCAGUAUUUAUGAUAAACUUUCGGAGACUAUUGACUUGGUGAGACAGACAGGUUACCAGUGUGGUAUGUCUGAAAAGGCCAUUGAGAAAUUCAUCAAACAACUCUUGGAAAAAAAUGAACCACAAAGAGGACCCCCGCGCUUUCCUCUAUUAAUGGUUCUCUAUAAGGGAUUGGUUACCCUGGGAGUAGUUUUACUAACGGCAUACUUCAUGAUCCAGCCAUAUACACUUUCACCAUCUGAAAACACACUCACCAAAACCCAUCCAUGGGGUUCCCUCUUUCAUCAUAUCCGGGUGCUGCCAUUACCCAUUACCAAGAAAUACAUGCUGGAGAAAUGUCCAGAGUGGUGGGGCUUAGACUGUAGACGGAAUAUGUCUCUAACUGCCAAGUGUUCUUGCUGCUGCUCCAUGAAAACUCUUGUUGCUCCAAUUGACGUUAUGCAGCUAUCGGACGUCAGGCAGCUGCAAGGGCAGCCUCUCUUGAUCAAGACAGGACAGUAUCGUUCUUAUGCUGAAAUGAAACAUUUUCAGUCCCUCUACCCCGAAUUGACAAAUUUUGUGAUACAAGAGGAGGCAGCUGAGUUAUGGAGCAGCCCUUCCAAGCAGCAAGCUCCAUUUCCUGUUUUCUGGCAAACCCCUCAGAAUAAAUCUCAGAUUCUGCAAGAGAUUUUUCCCAUCUUCUCUUCGCUGCUGUUUCCAAAGGACAUUUCUCUAAAAAGCUGUUUCCUCAUCCACCAUCCACGGCUUCAAGAUAAGACAUACAGACUGCAGAACACCUUUGUGGUAGGAAGUGGUCAGCUCAAUUUAUAUGUUAUUCCAUCUCUCUUGUGCAGAGAACACUGCAAGACAUUGAUGGUAGAGCUGGAAGCUGGAGAUAUUGGUUUUACAAAUGUAGAUUAUUGGACAACAAGUUUUAACGCCAGAGGAUCUGAACCCGUUGUCAUUUGUGAUGGAUCUGCCAGUUGAAAACUCAGUGUGCAAGACCUCAAUGUCACAAAAGAUAUGGGGAUGAUACCACUACAGUUCCCAGUGAUAUGUUUUUCCUUCUGAUCUGCAACGAAGAAAGCUGUGCACUUUUAAAAGAACAUUUUAUUCAAGGUCACUGGCUUGCCUUUUCAGAUGUUUUGGUACAAACCGGAAGACCUCUUUCCUCUAGCUUUUAGUAGAGUUAUUCUUGAAAGCUGACUGAUGGAUUUUGUGUGUGUGUGUGUGUCGGGGGGGGAGUUCUGUGAAGUACUCUUUGUGAACAUUAUUCCUUUUGACACUGCAGAAGGAGUUGUCUCAAAAUAUUCCUUUCCAGACAUCCUGGAAGAAGUAACGUCAGAGCUGCUGAUGUCUCUGGAUCAUUGCUUUAAAAGAGCAAACUACUAAAAUAUCAGAUAGGCUGAGAAAUUAAAAAUGUCUCUUGAGAAAAGCAUUUGCUCAGGAUCUUACCCUAUGUUACAGUUUGAAUGCAGGAAUUUGAUCCACAGCUGCAUUUUUCUUUCUUUCACUAUAUUGUGAUGACACAUCUUCAGAAUAUUCUUUCCAGUGAAAAAAAGUCAUGUCUUUCUACCUAAGAACACAGCGUGACUUUAUGCAGUCAUCACCAAACUGUGUGGCUGAGGUGGGGUUUAUAUGCUUGACAGAGAAAAGCGUCCCGCAAAUAUAUUUUUCCAUCUCUUUUCAUGAAUGUUGAAAUAUGUAUUCUUGACACUUCUCCCUGGACUAAGUCAGUAGAACACCAAAUCCAUUUUCCCCCCAAAUGAGUAAUAAGAGCCAAAUUUGUUAAAGCAAUGACUUGUUUGAGCAUCCUCUUCUGAAAAUUAAGCACUUGGAGAGGGUCUGAGUUGGACAUUCCAAAUUAGUUACCAUUUUAAUUUGUUAUCAUGGUUGAGUUGAGCUUGGGAAAGUAUUUCUUGAAAGCAUUUUAUAAAAUUUUGGUUUGAAUGUCUCCAGAUCUUUUUAAAAUUGAGGGGGAUAGUUUGUGGGCAGAGUUGCAGUGUGGAAUGUUUAAUGUGUGCCAUGAAUAUGUUUGCCAUUCUCUACAAGCAUUAAUUGUAUUCUCUCUUUCAUUAGCAUUGUCAAUGUUUGAUUCUUGAUUGCCUUCCCAGGUUUUUGCAUUUCCUCAUGGUUCUUGUGAACUCAUCUAUCUAAUAUAUUUAGAGGGGAUUAUUUUCUAGCACAGAAAUUGUAGAGGUGUUUCCCUUGAGUGAAUCUUUAGGUUCCUGUUGUGCUAAGAUAAUUUGCAGAUGUGUCAGGCUGAAGCCGGGCCAGCAAUGAGGCUAGUGCGCAUAUUUGUACAAGUUUAUAUGCUUUGGGGGGGAUUCUUUUAUUAAAAUGUAAUAAAAUGGGAAGCAGAAUUGCAUUAAUUUGUAAAGAAAACAGUUUUAAACAUUGGACUAGAAUAAUAUCUUUGUUUUUAGAAUCUUUGGAUUAAUUAUUAAUUGUUCAGCAGAGUAACAGAUAAAGGAGCCUGUCAGAAUCAUGAUCCCGUUCUCAUGACUUAGUGCAAAUAGACAAAUUUUGUUUAUUUCCUUCUGUUUCUCAAACAUGCAUAACUAAUUGGGUAUUGAGGGACUAAAUUACGAUAAUGAAAUUAGCCUUAUGGAUGGUUAAAGGAUUUGUGAAUAAAUAAAAUGAUAGGACUAUGAAACUUAAACUUUUAGAGGAUGGGAACUUAAUCUUCAUCACUGAUGUUUAACUGCAUACUUAAGUGUUUUUUAUCUUCUUUUAAAACAGAAAUUUCACACAUUAUAAUGUCACUUUAGGUUUGUAUAUAAAAAAGAAACCUUUGUAAUCUGGGCUAAGUAUUUUACUAAAGGCGUGUGUGUGUGUGCAUGUGUGAUGAUAGCCAUAGAAGUGGCAAAUGUGUUGUUUGGUUUUUCAUUAAUAUUUUCUAUAUCAUUUUAUAUGAGAAUAAGCCCAUUAAGUUUAAUGGUACUUGCUAAUCAGAAGGCAUGUAUAGGUAAUAGAUGAAAAACCUCACUAUAUAUAAAUAUCCUAAGUGGAAUUUCUUACUUGACAUCUCUAUUGGGGUUUUUUUUAAAUGAAAAAGCUAGGUUUCUAAAUUCUUUUUCAUUCAUUCUUUUAUCAAGGUUAAAUAUAGACCUAUCUAUCCAGAGAAUACUGCUCGCUUUGAACUGCAUGUUGGUCAUAUUUUUAAUUUUUAUGCAAAUAAUAUAAAAGAAAAAAAAUCCAAAGCAUUUCGGAUGACAAAGACCACUUAAAUCUACGAAGUUAUAGAAAGUUGUUUCUGCUUUGGUAGUGAAAUAUGUAGGUAUAUUUAACAGAUUUAUAUCAAUGAUGCUCACUGUUUAAUAAUGUGCUGGAGGGCAGGGAAUUGAUGUCAGUCUAAGGGUCUCUGGGUAACAAUUUUUUAAAAGUACAAAUAUUUCCCUAAAAUGGUUUGUUUGUUUUCUCUCUCUCUCUCAAAUACAAACCGGGAUAUUGUUAGCACGUUGGACAGGAGAUAAUGUAUCUAUCCUACUUUUGGACUCUGGUUUUCCACGUGCACUUUUUGUCUUUGUGUUGGCUUUCAGAUCUGGGUUUAGGAGGUGCUGUGCAUAUGUCCAAGUCUCAUUCCCUCUGGAGUUUACAUCAUUUGUUUUCAAACUUCCAGUACAUUUUCUCCUCCUUUUCUACAAGCUGCAAGGAAUUAAAAGCAGAAGUAAUUGCUCAAGAGGAAUCCGAGAUCCAAGUUCUCUGCUUUUUAGCUGAUUAAGAGCAUUUACUUAGAUAAGAUCCUCAGUUGUUCCAUUUGGAAUGCAUACUACUAUUGGAAGGCACCAGGCAGGCGAAGACUGUCACAGAGCAUAUGGCAAUAAAUGAAUACAUAUAUAUUCAUUGUUGCUAUGUUUUCCGCACUUUUUGCCACCCUGUUGCAUGAUAUUGAUAGAUUAUUAUUUUUUUUGGGGGGGGGGCAUAAAAUGCUUUAGAUUUCCUGUCCGAUAUUCACUGUAUAUGUUGGUCAAUCUGUUCUUUGCUUCUUUUGGAGAAACAACCUACCUGCUGUGUUGUACUGCAGUACUUAUAAAACUUAAACAUUACAUACUUGUAGGUACAAUCCUAAACUAGCAUUGGUAGUUUGUUUCUUGGUUAGGUUCAAUGGCCAAGAUGCAGAUUUUUGUUUGCUAACUGCAGAGCAGUGAAUGAAAUAUAUUUGUCUUUGGGCAGACUGCAUUGAAGUGAUGAACUGAAGUGAUCUAAUGAGCAGCGUUUACUGAAGGUUACCUGGCUGCCCAUUCAUAUCUAUGGAUACUUAGUGUUCAGGUCACUACGAUUUUCCUCCUAGAUUUCAGUUUUUAAACCUCAGGACCAAGGUAUAUAUAACAAGUGCAAACAAGCUUUAUGAAAUUUUGUAAACAAUUUCAGGGAAAUCAUAAAGGGGUUUCUUUUGCACACAGUAGAAAUUGCAGAUACAGGUAGUCCUUGACUUACGACUAGUCGCUUGAAAAUAUGACAGACACCCCCCCUCGAAAAAAAAAAAACAAUCUAUGUGUCCAUUUUUGAAGUUACAAUAUUGAUACAAUGGCUGCAUGCAUAUACACUCUGCAGUCCCAUGAUUGCAUGUUGAGCACUUGGCAGCCGGGUCACCUUUACAGCCAUUUGCAGCAUCCUAUGGUCAUGUGACCACAGUUUGCUGUGGUUUUUUUGCUGGUUUUUGGCUUUUAUUUCCAGUUUCUGCCAAAAGCCAUUGGGGAAAAUUGAUUCACUUAAUGACUGCUGCAUUUGCUUAACGAGUGCCACAAAAAUGUCAAAAAAAUUGGGUCUAGUCAUGUUGAUGUUUUGAUUUACGACCUCAAGGACUUACAUCUGUAAUUCCAGGCUUAAUUAUACUCUUAAAUUGAGGAUUACCUAUGAUUAUUCAUAUUUAUAGGAGAGUUGUGUGUUUGAAAAUAAUGGCAAUUUAAAAAUCUGUAACUCUGGCAGAGUGUAUGGUAAAAGUUAGGGGUGCACAGUUAGGUCUUCCUGGAGCCACUGUUUGCCUACAAAGACAAAAUCUUCACCAAAAAUUCAGCUACCUUUGAAUGGAAGGCAUUUAUAUCGCAGAAUAUUUCUAGGAUUUUUUGUUUGUUUGUUUGUUUGUUUCAUUUAUUUGGGAAAUGUACAGCUUAAAAAAGCCUGGAAGGGAUGACUUUUUAAAGAAACUAAAUUAACUGCUCUUUUGUUGACUAAGGGAAAUAAUCAAGUUUCUUGUUUUAAAGUGUGUUUUAAUAUUAUUUGUCCAUGCGCAGAAUAGUGAUAAUGUGUCUCAUUGCCACCUUAUACAGUAUACUAUAAAGGCUAAGGGUUGCCUGGGAAGUAUUUGUGUGUGUGUAUUGAAUACCCAUAUAGUCCGAAUUAUGGAACUUUUCAUAUAAAUGAAUGUAAAUAUGCAAUACAUGCAGAGUUUUAUUAACAAUUAUAAAGUAAUAUAUUGCAACUUUUUGUAAAUAUUGGGAAAUGGUUGUAAAGAGUGUAAAUAAAUCAGAUUUAUAUGUUGAAAGUAGAGGUCAAUUUUUACUUUUUGCAAUUAAAUAUAAUUGUUGAUGCACUUUGCCCCAUAUGGCUUUUUUCCUUUGUUAAAUAAAUAAUGUUCUAUCAAAA